UUACAACUAAGUGCAUUCCGUUAAAGUUGACAGAAUAUUCUUGGAAUAUUCCAUUUUUAAAUUUCAUAAUUGGUCAUUCUACUUUUCUUAUUGUAAAAAAAAUCAUUUGGACUUAUAAAAAAUCAUUUUUUAUUGUUUAGUUAGAAUCCUAUUUUGAAUACUUGAUACCAAACUAAUUUUGAAAAUUAGAAUCAAUUAUCAUUAUAAUUAUUUUGAAUUAUCAUUAUGUGUUCUAAUUAUUGAAUUAUUCCAUGAAUGUUGUAACUACACAAUGUUGUAGCUUUUAUAGUCAUAUUUUCUUUUCUAUAUUUUUUAUCCAAUGUUGUAGCUUUUAUAAUUUAUUUAUUACUUGAUUACUUUCCAUCUCUUUUCGUUCUAAAUUUUUUCAAUUAAUGGAAUAUGUUUAAUUCUUUCUGAUUGUUUUCCAUUUAUCCUUUUUUGAUUUUGAUGUAUUGAUGAUCGAUUAGGUUAUAUUUUAACUAUUUCUAAUUAUACUUCUAAAUGAAUUAGAAGGUAUAAAUAGAUAUUCUAAUUCGAUUUUAAAUAUGUUUUUAUAAUAUUCUAGUAUAUUUAUUAUUCUUCUUGAUAUUCGUUUAUUAUUUUUACUAAUUUAUCUAUUUUAUUAAAAAAAUUGAUUAGUCAUUCUAGUAAUAAUAUGUAUAGAAGUUUUUUUAAUUAUUAUAUUAGAUAAAAUUUGUUGAAAUAUAGUUUUGGAUGUUUUUGAAGGUUUUGGGUAUCAAAAAGUAAUUCAAAGUUUGGGUUGGAUGGAAAAGUAGACGGAUGCACAUUUUAGCGACAUUAAUGGUACCUGACACCCUAUACAAACUUAAAUGGUAUGUUUACCCAAAUUUUCAUACUUAAGUGACAGCCGAAGUAUUUUACCUUUUAAAACAUUAUAGGAAGAAUUAGUGCCGCUAAGACACAAGUAAAGAUGAAAAAGUAGGACUUAGAUUUGAGAAAAUGUUUGGGUUGAACAAAGAAUAGUGGACCCAAGCAAUAAUAAAGGGUCAAUGUUAUUGAAUACCCCUGUCAAUAUAGACAACUCAAUGAAGCCAAUCUGUCCUGCGGGUAAAAGACCCCUCCUUCCCGGUGACGAUGAAGGCCAUUGAAGAGUUCAUCUCUGUAUCGACUAAGAAAGCUGCCGACCUCUGCCCUCUGACUUGCAAUGACACAGCGGACAUUCAAAUGGGAGACAAGCAAAGCCAAGAACUUCCAAGGGACCCGGAUCCUUCUCUGGGCGAGCCUCGACAGGGGGAAAUCACCGCCUCUUGAUUCCCUCUGGCCUCCCCUUCCUCUUUGGAUUGUUUUCUCUGAUUCUUAUUUUUCUGUUUUGUUUUCGUUCCUUAUUUAUCCUUUAUGGUCCCACAAUCCCUUCCUCACUUUAAAAUUUUGGCUUGGAACGUUUGUGGUGCAGGUGGGAAAACUUUCCUCCGAACCACGAAAUUACUCAUCCGCAACCACAAUCCAGAUUUUCUGAUUCUAAUUGAACCUCAGAUUAGUGGAACUCGAGCUGACCAAAUCUGUGAGAAGCUGGGUUUUCCAGAAGUCAUUAGAGUCGAAGCGAAUGGUCGUAAAGGUGGUAUUUGGGUUGCCUGGCGUCCAGAUGAUUUCACGGUGCAGCUGAUUGAUGCGAGUCCUCAACACAUUACGGUAAAAGUUUCCAAUGAUCAGCUGCAAGACUGGCUGCUAACAGGAGUCUAUGGCAGCCCCCAAUACUCCCACCACCGAUCGCUCUGGGAACAUCUCAUCCUCACGAGUCGACGUCACUCCCUCCCUUGGGUCAUUACUGGAGAUUUCAACGCCUACCGAUCGCCGGAUGAGAAACUGGGUCCAAUAAAUCAAGCCUCCCUUCGUCGUUGUCAGCAAUUCUCUUCGUGGAUUAAUGAAGCUAAUCUUAUUGAUUUGGGGUUCUCUGGUCCCCAAUACACGUGGUCACGAGGUGAUUCAGUUCGAAGCCACAAAGCAAGCAGAAUUGACAGAUCAUUUUGCAACACAAGUUGGAAUGUGGUCUUCCCGGACUCUUCAGUCUUGCACUUACCCAAGCUUCACUCAGAUCACUGCCCUAUUCUUACCUCCAGCACGAGCCGUGCUUCUCUUAGUGGCAAUAAUAAGCUCUUCCAGUUCGAAGCUGCUUGGUUUAUGAACAAUCAGUUUGCUGAUUUUUUUGCGGGUUCUUGGGAUUGUGAUGCCCCCCUUCAGCAAGCGCUUAAAGAUCUCGUUCCUAAGCUGAUGGAUUGGAACAAAUCAGUGUUUGGUAUCAUCAAUCACCGCAAGAAGCGCCUCCUCGCUCGUAUUCAAGGGGUUCAAGAGAGACUUGCCUGCUCUUUCGCCCCAAGCCUUAUUAAACUUCAAGCUAAGCUAGAGAGGGAGUUGGAUAUUCUGCUCGAGCAAGAAGAGGUCAUUUGGUUUCAACGGGCCAAGGAAAAGUGGGUUAAGCUCGGUGAACAAAAUACAUCAUACUUUCAUCAACAAGCCUCAAGACGGAGAAGGCGUAACAAAAUCCAAGCUCUUAAAGACGCUCAAGGAAACUGGGUGGAUGAUCCUGGGAAACUUAGAGCCAUGGUUCUGGAUUUCUUUGCGGCGCUUUGUACCGAAGAAGAUCAUCACUACGAGGACAGAAUGCCAAAGUUCUGGUUUCCCAGAAUUACUAAUGCUGACAUGCUAAGUCUUCUUCGGCCCUUUUCUAUUUCAGAUAUUCACAAAGCGGUUUUUGAAAUGAAACCUCUCUCAGCUCCUGGACCUGAUGGUUUCCAAGCCAUUUUCUAUCAAAAAUUUUGGCCUACUGUUGGUAAAAGCUUAGCUAAAAUGGCGAUUGAUUUUUUUGACACAGGUACAGUUCCGGAAGAGGUAAUGGAUUCCACCAUGGUUCUUAUCCCGAAAAUCGACCAUCCGGAAGUCCUGGCCCAGCUGCGUCCUAUCUCCCUCAAUAAUGUUUGUUUAAAAGCUAUUACCAAAGCUAUUGUGAACAGGCUGAAACCGGUGAUGAGCAAAAUCAUAGCGUCGACUCAAAGCAGUUUCAUCUCCGGCAGACAAACAAACGACAAUAUUCUUAUUCUGCAAGAGGUGUUGCACUCUUUAAGAAGGAAACAAGGAAAGAAGGGUGGGCUGGUCAUCAAAAUAGAUCUUGAAAAAGCCUAUGAUAGACUGAGAUGGGAGUUCAUUCAAGAUUCUCUGAAAGAGGUGGGCCUCCCAAGUUCCUGGAUCAGCCGGAUCAUGUUUUGUGUUCAGCAUAACAGGAUCCAGAUUAACUGGAAUGGGCAGCUCACAGAUGCUUUCACCCCAACUCGAGGAUUUCGGCAGGGGGACCCGCUCUCCCCUUACUUGUUCGUGAUCUGCAUGGAGCGACUUUCCCACCGGAUUGAGCAAGCUAUUGCAGAGAAAACUUGGAAACCUAUCUCUCUUUCCACAAAUGGCCCUAAAUUGUCUCACCUUUUCUUUGCUGAUGAUCUAGUGUUGUUUGCAGAAGCGGAAGGGAGCCAGAUUGAGACUAUUCGACAGUGCCUAGAUGACUUUUGUCACAGCUCAGGGCAACGAAUUAAUCUGCUUAAAUCAGCUAUGUACGUGUCGCCCAAUGUCCACUGGGACAAAGCCCAGAGACUUAGUUCACGUGCUGGGAUCCCUCUUACUGCAGACCUGGGUAAAUAUUUAGGGCUCCACACGAUUAAUGGUCGUAUAACCAAGAAUAGGUACACGGAGCUCAUUCUCAGGAUCCAGAACAAGCUUGCAUCUUGGAAGACCAAAUAACUAUCCUUGGCGGCCAGAAUAACUUUGGUGAGAUCUG